CAGAAACCAAGGAAAAUCGUGUCGAAUUUGCUGAGAAAAACGUAGUUUUGACUGAUGAAACUAAUGUGCUACUAUAUAUUCCUCAGUGUACGUCAACAGGCAAGAAGCAUGGAAAGAGUGACCGGCUCUUUCCCUAUGCCUCUCUCCCAGCACACGCUGCUUCAACAGGCGAAGUAACAAAGAUUGAGGUCGACCUGGUGACGCCAGAUUUGGAACUAUCUCAUUCUGUGUGAUAAUUGCAGAGAGCUGCGAAUCGACUUCCCGUCUUGCACGCGACGACGGAAUGCAGAAUGGUCCUCAAUGACCGUCUCUAUAACCGUCCCAUUGCCAUCAGUUUACGGCAGGUCCUCCUCCUGUUGAUUGCUUUGAUGGCCUUGAAAGCCCUGCGUGCUGUCGCCUCUGUCUUUAAAUUCGUUUUAAGAAAUAAAUCGCCUCCACGGCUUAUCAGAAGAGCAACCGAUCGAAAGGAGCGAUGCGUUGUGAACAUCCUCGUAUCCAUCAUGGAGUCUACACCUGAAAUAUUCUACCGACGACCCAAUGGCACCAUCACAGAGUAUCGUCCAUCUUGCUCAGAUAUCACAGCUGCUUUUCACCAUGAGAGCUCCGCCGGACCGUUAUCUCUGAAUGGACUAUUCACCUCAACGAAUCGUCAAGCAAAGGCACUGAAUCAACGGGAAAUCUUCGCCAGAACCCAACCCCAAAGCUCUACGGCUGUCCCCGAUAAUUUUGACAGUGAAUCCACACAUUCCUCGACCGCCGAGGAUAUGGGUUCUUUCGCUGACAUUGAAACGGGGUCCCACUUCUCGGGCGCUCCGCAGUGCGCUGCAGCGUCGGCGCUGCGAUACACAGAGCUGGUACCGGGGAUGUCACUCUUCAGCCCCUUGAGCCGUGAAUUUUCAAUACUAUCCGAAGAUCAAUUGGAUUUUGCCUUGUCGAACUCGAGUUACUCGUCUCGAGAAGAUUUGCCCGCUCUCGAACUGGAUAGUUUGCAAAAGAUCGUAUCUGCCGCGAGUUACCCUGGAAAAUUCCCCGUCAGCGACAAUGUGGAUUACAGUUCACUUGCUACAGCUCCGUUGAGUUUGAGAAGUCCCGGUAGAUUGACGCGACCCUUCACUGAUGGGUAG